CAAGCCAGCCAGGGUGGAAGGAAAAAGCCUACAGCCUCGGGCGGCCGAUCUGGAGCAGGGGCCGGCCUCCCCAUCCAGAUUGCUUGGCGAGGCCGACUGGGCUUUUGCUCCAUGCAAUGCGCCGCCUCCCUUAGCGCGAUGCAGCGGGCCGGAGGAGGAGGAGCGGCGGCGGCAGCAGCGGCAGCGGAGCCUGGAGGAGGAGGCGGAGGCGAGGCGGUUGCAGCAGCGGCGGCCUCGUACCGGGUGCUGAGCCGCUUGCUGGGCUACGGUGGGGCUGAGUCCCCCGCGGUGGGCUUGGCGCUUGGAGGAGCCGUUGUGGAAACGGCUGCCACUGGUGCAGCCGGUGACCGGGGAAGGACUAGCGGGCUGCGGGGCUCGCAGCUUCUGGUCUUCCGCCCCGGAGAAGCUGGAGAGUCUUCGGGGGGUACCCCGACUGCCUGUCUGCCACCGCCGCCUCCACCUCCGCCACCGUCGGAGCUGCUGUGCGCCAGGCACCGGUGCGCUCUCCUGGAUGCGCCGAAAGGCGAUCCUGGAGGGGGCCGAUGCUGGAGUGGAGCGGCUGGCGGUCUCCUUUUCCCCCCGGGAGCCGGCCUGGAGCUGCAGCUGGCCGCCUUGGGGCUGCAUCAGGCGCCCUCGACGGCCCCCGCAGGGUCGGGCAAGUCUCCCGGCGACUGCCCAUGCCUGAGCCUCCUGCCUGCGCCGCCUCUGGUCCCGCCGCCCGCUCUGCCCUUGUUGCCCCCAGGGGAGGAGACCAGCGACGCCCUGCUAGUGCUAGAAGCCCUCGGCCCCGACGAGGAGGACGAAGAGGAAGAGGCAGGACAGGCUGAGUCCUCCAGCCAAGCCGGCACUGGGGGCAGCCGCUUCCAGCCACCCGCUCCAGCAGCCCCAGUGUUGUCGUCGUCGUCUUCUGCUGCUCCUCCUCCGGCUGGCCCGGUGCCCCCCACCGCCGCCGGGGCCAACCGCCCCAGCUCCAACGCCCCCUCCAGGAAAGGCUCGUUCAAGAUUCGCCUGAGCCGCCUCUUCCGCACUAAAAGCUGCAGUGGACCGUCCUGCAACGGCGCGGCCAGCUCGGGCGCACGUAGGGCUGGGGACAAGGAGUUCCUGCAAGCCGCUGCUUCCCCAGCCAAUGCCUCCUCAGGCACGGCCGGGAGUCUGCCUGACGUGUCCCAGCCUGGGGGUCGGGAGCAAGACUCGGGCAGAAAACCAAGAUUGAUGCGAACACAAAGUGCCUUUUCUCCUGUUGUUUUUGGACCCCUCUUCACGGGUGAGACAGUGUCGCUGGUGGAUGUGGACAUCUCUCAGCGUGGUCUGACUUCUCCGCAUCCGCCCACACCGCCGCCACCUCCACGGCGAAGCCUCAGCCUUUUGGACGAUAUCAGUGGGACACUUCCUACGUCUGUCUUGGUGGGUCCGAUGGGGUCGUCGUCCCUCCAGUCCUUCCCUCUUCCGCCACCACCUCCGCCGCACGCCCCUGAUGCAUUUCCCCGGAUCAUCCCAAUCCGAGCGCCUGAAGCCGUACACAGCCAACCUGCACAGCACCUUCAGUGCCCGCUCUAUCGGCCUGACUCAAGCAGUUUUGCAGCUAGCUUACGGGAACUGGAAAAAUGUGGUUGGUACUGGGGACCUAUGAACUGGGAGGAUGCUGAAAUGAAGCUCAAAGGGAAACCCGAUGGCUCUUUCCUGGUUCGUGACAGCUCUGAUCCUCGAUACAUUCUGAGCCUCAGCUUUCGAUCGCAGGGUAUUACCCAUCAUACCAGGAUGGAGCACUACAGAGGAACCUUCAGUCUUUGGUGCCACCCCAAGUUCGAGGACCGCUGCCAGUCCGUGGUGGAGUUCAUCAAGCGGGCCAUCAUGCACUCCAAGAAUGGGAAAUUUCUGUACUUCUUGCGGUCCCGGGUUCCAGGUCUCCCUCCAACUCCUGUCCAGCUUCUGUAUCCCGUCUCUAGGUUCAGCAAUGUUAAGUCUCUACAGCAUCUCUGUCGUUUCCGGAUUAGGCAGCUAGUUCGCAUCGACCACAUUCCAGAACUCCCGCUCCCGAAGCCUCUGAUCUCAUACAUCCGCAAGUUCUACUACUAUGACCCCCAGGAGGAGGUGUAUCUCUCGCUGAAGGAGGCUCAGCUCGUUUCCAAACAGAAGCAAGAAAUGGAGUCUUCGACGUAGCGAGGGGCCCCUACCCUCCUUGCUGCUGGCACCAAUGAACUAGGAACUCGGUCUCCGAUAUCCUGUAGCGAUGGAAGCCGUACUGCACAACAGUCCUGGCGUUUUGCUUUCUGGCUGCCUUUCUUGGCCUCCAGAGAGAGAGAGCGAGUCCGGGGCUCAAACACAGCUGUGCACAGAAGAAUGGGAGCCGUGAGACCUCCCCUGCUCCCCUCAUUGGGUUCCAUAAGGAUGAUGGAAUCUGACAAAACAGGAUUACAACGCUCCUGCAAGGAUGGAGAACAUCAAAUAUUUUUCGUGUUAAAUUUCUAUUUUUCGGUGCUUCUUCCCCCUCCCCCUUCCCUUUCUCGCCCGGCAUGGGAAUAGUGAGCCAAUUUAAAAAUUUUGUUUCCUUGUUGGUAUUUUGAAGGGUGGGGGUGGGGGCCAACAGACUCUGAGACUUUAAAACUG